AUGGAGUCAAUGCCCAAGGAAGUCAAUAACGCCGGCAAGGACUACGACGUUACCAUCGUGGCCAUUGUACUCUGCGCCGUCAGCACGGUCUUGGUGUUCUUGCGAUUCGUCGAGAAGAUCCGCCUGCGCGCAGUCUUCGCUGAAGACUAUGUCUUGAUUCCAGGGUUUCUGAUAUACAUCGCCUCGGCAGCAAUCCUGAUCCGCGCAAAUAUAGAUGGAGCUCUAGGUACGCCAAUACCGCAAGUGACCUACCACCAAGCCGAGAUAGUCGGCCAGACCGGGCUCCUGAUCUACUGGCUAUACGCGCCAAUGAGCGGGUUCAUCCGCGUCUCCAUCCUCCUAUUCUAUAGGCGCCUGUUUUCGCCCACCAUGCCAAUACUGGGAAUAGUGAUUUGGAUAGUCCUGGUGUUUCAGGUCCUAUUCAGCAUCGCCGGCCUAAUACUGCCUGCCGUCGGUUCUAGACCGCUGUAUCACAUGUGGCAUCUCCGGGACACGGCCACGAACGAUAACCCGCAGCAAACAUCGCAAUUUUCCUAUAAUAUUGGAGUGGCAACAUUCUCCAUCAACCUGGCAUUGGAUGUCAUUUUGCUCAUCUUGCCGCUGUUCCCGAUCGCCACCCUGCGGCUUCCGAUCAGAAAGAAGCUCGGAAUGGCUGUUCUCUUUAUUCUUGGUGCAGGGGCAUGCUUUGCAGCUGCAUGGAAGCUCGGAGCAUACAUCAUCGAACUGCGUGACCAAACGGAUCCCUCCAGAUUGGGUGUGUCUACUACAGGGACAGGAAAAGGCGGGGUUUACAUACCUGCCGGGUCCACUGUAUCAGGCGAGACGUUAUCUUACUUCUAUGCUGCUCAGCUGGAACCGGCACUCGCCAUUAUCGGAACCUCUCUCCCCGCGAUUCGCCAGUUGAUAUGUUCGUGUCGCAAGCCUUCGCCACAAUCCUCCCAGCAAAUGGAGGAACGCUCCAGCCGGCGGUACCAUCGCCGGUGGUUGCAUCUCGACCGUAUUCCUACGUCUGAACGGGCAUUGACAACAGAUAUGGAGCGGCAAGGGGAGAUAUACCUGCCUGUGGUGGAGGAUGACCGUGAACAUCGAUUUGAACAUCGACUUUGA